GCAGGGUAUUAAUAUGGCCUCGGGACCCUCUACCUGGGAGCUUGCAACCCCACACCCUUACUUUUACCACCUAACCCACCCGACCCCCGACACACCCCUCCGGGCAGCUCCUGCAACCGAGCUAGGUGUUCCCGCGAUACCCUGAUCCCCCGGAAAAAGCAGACGAGUAGAAUUUGGAAGGAAACAACAAAGCAGACAUAUUGACAAGAUCAUCAAGGCCGAGUUCCAUUCUAUGUACCCGACGGUUCUGUCAUUGCUUUUUUUGGGUCCCCCGGCGCAGGCAGUGCAUCCUGUCCGUCAGCCCCCGGCUCCCGCACCACCCACUGCGACGUAGCGCCUUCUGGUGGCUUUGCUUAGGUUAAUAAGGCACGCGCCCCCUGCCACCGGUCCAAGAGCUUCUUCCUUCCAUUCUAUUUGCUCCACCCACCCUCUUGAACAGUCGGGUGUCAUCCGCAACAACUGCAAUCUCAAAUCGUCGAGCAGUGCCACGGCUCUUGCAACCGCGCGCUGGUCUCAGCUAAUUUACCGCUCUUUAUCAUCUUAUAUCGCAUUCCUUCCAGCUUAAAAACCACACACACAUCGCUCACCGUACCACUUGCUACCGGCACCACGGCGAAUGUUGGCUUCUAAAAGAUCAUUUGCUACUGUGGCCUGUCCGAUUCCGUAUGGAUCACUGUGCUCGGCGGUUUUAAAUCUCUUGUGUCUGGUCUUCUAACCUCAUUCUUCCAGCUCUGGCACACUUCCAACAUUUCAAAUAGCAACCAUAUACUCAUAUUCACGACCUACCGCCCGUUUUCUCUUUGAUCAUUCGGAAGCUGUUGGAUUGGGCUGAUUCACAGCGGGAUGGCGAUGGAGUCCCAGCCAUCAAGGUCCUUCUAUAACGGCACCGGCUCAUCACAACAACAUGAGCAAAACACACAAGUGUACCAGGAAAAUGGACGAUGGUAUGGCACCAACAAAAAGGGUGCUUACAUGUUCCCCGUUGAUGCGGAUGAGCAAGACCGCCUAGACAUAUUUCACAAGUUUUGCUUGGUUGCUCGCAAGGAAUUCCUGCACAAAGCCCCGGUCGCGGUAGAAGAACCAUCAAUUCUUGAUCUCGGCUGUGGCACGGGCAUCUGGACCAUCGAGAUGGCCGAGUAA